GCGGCUGCGGCGACCCUGGCGAUGGCGGCGGAACCCAUCAGAACAUAGUAGCGGGGACGGGGGCACGGUCCGCACUCACCGUGGCGCCGGCGGAGACGGCUGAGGGUGGUGGAGGGAAGAAAAACGACGGAGAGCAAAGGAAAGGGCGGGCAGGCACGCAAGGCGGCGUAGAAGCGAGCGCCGGCUCGAGCGAAAGCCGAGGGCCAGAACAGUGGGGAUGGCGGAGCCGCGCAGAGUAGCGUUCAUUAGCUUGUCACCGGUGAGGCGGCGCGAGGCCGAGUACCCAGGAGCUGAGCGCGAACCCGAGUACCCCCGCGAGCCCCCCCGGCUGGAGCCGCAGCCGUACCGCGAGCCGGCCCGGGCGGAGCCGCCGGCCCCGCGGGAUCCUGCCCCCCGCUCGGACGCGCAGCCCCCGCCGCGGGAGAAGCCGCUCCCCCAGCGCGAGGUCAGCCGAGCCGAGCCGCCCAUGUCGCUGCAGCGCGAGCCCCCGCGGCCCGAGCCGCCGCCGCCGCCCCCGCAGCUGCCCUUGCAGCCGCCCCCGCUGCGGGAGUCAGCUUCCCGGGCAGAGCAGCCGCCGCGGCCGCCGAGGGAGACAGUGCGCCUGGAGCUGGUGCUCAAGGACCCCACCGACGAAAGCUGCGUGGAGUUCAGUUACCCGGAGCUGCUGCUGUGCGGAGAACAACGGAAGAAGCUCAUUCACACGGAAGACCCAUUUAAUGAUGAGCAUCAGGAGAGGGAAGAAGUGGAAAUGUUGGCUAAGAAGUUUGAAAUGAAAUAUGGUGGGAAACCCCGUAAACACCGGAAGGAUCGGCUACAAGAUUUAAUUGAUAUAGGCUUUGGCUAUGAUGAGACAGAUCCAUUUAUUGAUAACUCAGAGGCUUAUGAUGAAUUAGUUCCUGCUUCUCUGACAACAAAAUAUGGAGGCUUUUAUAUCAACACUGGCACUCUGCAGUUUCGCCAAGCUUCAGAUACUGAAGAAGAAGAUAUUACAGACAACCAAAAGCACAAGCCACCCAAAAUUCCCAAAAUAAAAGAAGAUGAUAUUGAGAUGAAGAAGCGGAAGCGGAAAGAGGAAGGGGAAACGGAGAAGAAGCCAAGGAAAAAAGUACCCAAACAACUGGGAGUUGUGGCUCUAAAUUCACACAAGUCUGAAAAAAAGAAGAAACGUUAUAAAGAUUCUCUUAUAGCUGCCAUGAUAAGAAAAUUUCAGAAAGAGAAGGAUGCAUUAAAGAAGGAAUCUAACCCUAAAAUCCCAGUGACCUUAUCAACCUCCUCUCUGAAUAAACCCCCCUGUGCUGCUGCAGCACUGGGAAAUGACGUCCAGGACCUAAAUCUUAACAGCGCUGAUCCAGACCUUCCCAUUUUUGUUAGCACAAAUGAACAUGAACUAUUUCAGGAAGCUGAAAAUGCCCUAGAGAUGCUAGAUGGUUUCGACUUGGACAGAUUACUGGAUGCUGCUUCUGAUGGUAGCCCCCUAUCUGAAUCAGGGGGAGAAAAUGGAAACACCACCCAGCCAAUCUACACCUCUCAGGUUAUGCCCAAGGUGGUACCUACACUCCCAGAGGGUCUACCUGUACUUCUUGAGAAACGUAUCGAAGACCUCCGUGUAGCUGCCAAACUUUUUGAUGAAGAAGGAAGGAAAAAAUUCUUUACACAGGAUAUGAAUAAUAUUCUUCUGGACAUUGAGUUACAGCUACAAGAACUAGGCCCUGUCAUUCGUAGUGGUGUGUAUUCCCACCUUGAAGCUUUUGUGCCAUGCAAUAAAGAAACACUGGUAAAACGUCUGAAGAAAUUACAUCUCAAUGUCCAGGAUGAUCGUUUAAGAGAACCUCUGCAAAAACUGAAACUGGCUGUUAGCAAUGUCAUGCCUGAACAGCUAUUUAAAUACCAGGAGGACUGCCAGGCUCGUAGUCAAGCUAAGUGUGCCAAAUUGCAAACAGAUGAAGAACGAGAAAAAAAUGGAUCCGAGGAAGAUGAUGAUGAGAAACCAGGGAAACGUGUCAUAGGACCAAGAAAGAAAUUCCAUUGGGAUGACACCAUCAGAACUUUGUUAUGUAACCUUGUUGAGAUCAAAUUGGGAUGCUAUGAGUUAGAGCCAAAUAAAAGCCAAUCUGCUGAGGAUUAUCUUAAAUCCUUUAUGGAGACAGAGGUGAAACCCUUGUGGCCUAAGGGCUGGAUGCAGGCAAGAAUGCUUUUUAAGGAAAGCCGAAGUGUACAUAACCAUCUUACUUCUGCUCCGGCAAAGAAAAAGGUGAUUCCUGCACCUAAACCCAAAGUAAAAGAGGUGAUGGUAAAGACCCUUCCUUUCCAUUCUUUCCCCACUAUGCUUAAGGAAUGUAGUCCAAAAAAGGACCAGAAAACUCCUGCAUCGUUGAUGGCUUCAGUUGGUGGUCCUCCAACGAGCUCUAGCACAUCUGCUGUUGCUGCGGCCAGCUCUAGCUCCGCACCAGCCCAAGAAACCAUCUGCCUUGAUGACUCGCUGGAUGAAGAACUUUCUUUCCAUUCACCUUCACUGGAUCUUGUUUCUGGGGCUUUAGCUGUUAUCAACAAUGGGAACAAGGGCCCUCCGAUUGGCUCAAGGAUAAGCAUGCCAACUACAAAACCUCGUCCAGGACUGAGAGAAGAAAAAUUAGCAAGUAUCAUGAGUAAGCUGCCGCUGGCUACUCCUAAAAAACUAGAUUCUACUCAGACUGCACAUUCUUCAAGUCUUAUUGCUGGUCACACAGGGCCAGUACCAAAGAAACCCCAGGAUUUAGCUCAUACUGGCAUCUCUUCAGGCCUUAUUGCUGGUUCUUCAAUUCAGAACCCUAAAGUUUCAUUAGAACCAUUGCCAGCCAGGCUACUUCAGCAAGGACUACAGAGGUCAAGCCAGAUUCAUGCUUCUUCCUCUUCACAGACUCACGUCUCCUCAUCCCAAGCCCAAAUUGCUGCCUCCCCUCAUACUCUGGGAACGUCUGAGGCCCAAGAUGCUUCGUUAACACAAGUAACAAAGGUGCACCAGCAUUCGGCUGUCCAACAGAACUAUGUGUCUCCAUUACAAGCAACCAUUAGUAAAUCACAGACCAACCCAGUGGUGAAAUUAAGUAAUAAUCCCCAACUUUCCUGUUCAUCCCCACUUAUUAAGACUUCAGAUAAGCCACUUAUGUACCGCCUUCCCUUAUCUACCCCUUCAUCUGGAAAUGGUUCUCAAGGGUCCCACCCCCUGGUUUCUAGGACAGCACCUAGCACCACUACCUCUAGUAACUAUUUAGCCAAGGCUAUGGUGUCACAAAUCUCCACGCAGGGUUUCAAAUCUCCCUUCUCCAUGGCUGCAUCCCCCAAACUUGCCGCAUCUCCCAAGCCUGCAACAUCCCCUAAACCCUUGCCCUCACCUAAGCCUUCUGCCUCACCUAAGCCCUCUCUAUCAGCAAAGCCUUCAGUAUCAUCUAAACUUAUUUCUAAAUCCAACCCAACUCCCAAGCCUACUGUAGCCCCAAGUUCUUCCAGUCCAAAUGCGCUAGUAGCCCAGAGUAGCCACCCCAGUAGUAACAACCUAGUCCAUAAACAGCCCAGUGGAAUAAACAUCAGCAGACAGUCUCCCACCUUGAAUUUAUUGCCCGCUAAUCGCACAUCAGGCCUUCCGUCUACAAAAAAUCUCCAGGCCCCUUCAAAGCUAACAAACUCAUCAUCCACUGGAACUGUUGGGAAGAACAGCUUGAGUGGAAUUGCAAUGAAUGUACCUGCCAGCAGAGGUAGCAACCUUAACUCAAGUGGAACUAAAAGGACUAGUCUAUCUGGGGGAACAGGAAGUGGAACACAGGGUGCUACUAAACCGUUGUCUACUCCACAUAGACCAUCCUCUGCCUCAGGGUCUUCAGCGGUAACAGCCAGUGUGCAGUCCACAGCAGGAGCAUCAUUAUUGGCUAAUGCCUCACCUCUGACUCUCAUGACAUCACCUUUGUCUGUAACAAAUCAAAAUGUGACUCCUUUUGGGAUGCUGGGUGGCCUUGUUCCAGUGACCAUGCCCUUCCAGUUUCCCUUGGAGCUACUUGGCUUUGGAACGGACACCGCUGGAGUGACAACCACCUCGGGAUCUACCUCAGCCGCUUUCCACCAUAGCCUAACUCAGAAUUUACUAAAGGGUUUACAGCCAGGAGCUCAGCAUGCAGCAACACUUUCCCACUCACCUCUGCCUACACGCUUACAACAAACAUUUAAUGAUGGAGGCCAAAGUAAAGGGGACACUAAAUUACCACGGAAAUCUCAGUGACUUCCCAGCAAGCAAAGGAGAUGAAACGUUUGGUUGGCUGAUGGAAUCUACCUGAUGGGAAACUCAAAUCGGAGCAGGAAUAUGGACAAACUGCUGCUACUGAACCCUGCACUGAGCCGAGGUAUUUCCAUUUUGUCAUUUUCCAUAUGGUUGAUUAAAUGCUAGCAGCUACCAGGAAAUGACUUAUAAGUUAAAUUCUUCUUCCCACUGCCAUCUUGCCUUUGUAUUCUCAGUUCCUCAUGCCCUUUGAACUUUGAUAGUAAAACAUUUCAAACUUUGGGUGGUUUGCUGGUCUCUGGUUUUUAGAAAGCUCUUGUCACUCUUUCCUUAAAAAGGGGGAGGAAGGUAAAUUUUUUUAACCAAAAAAUAUCACACAUUUCAUAAAACUCUGAUGAAUUUUGGGUAUAUGAGAAAGCAUAAACAUUCCUAAAUAUGGAUCUGUGAAUUUAGUAAAUUAUGGAUAUACUCCUUCAGUGCAGGGAUUUUUGUUUAUUUUAUUUUUUUUUUUGCAACAGCCUUGCUCAUAUUCCAGGUGUAGCUAGCAAACCCCUGUUUUGAAGCAAGAGCCUUAUUUGAUUCAGUGUAGAUGUUUCCUGUCUAUCCUUUGUGACAGGGCCUUUUACAUGAGUGUUUUUUUCUUUUUGUAUGUGUUACUUGUUUGUUGUAUUAAAUAAAGAGGAAUGUACAUAUUA